AUGACCACCCCAAAUCGCCCUCGGAGUCUUAGCAUGACCGAUGCUCUGCGCGCCCGUGCAAACGGCCCGCCCGAACAGGCCUUCGCGGACAUGCUCAAUGGCCUGUACAGCGAGCGACGUGCAACAACAGAUUUUGCAAACUCACUGCCCAAGCUCACAGAGACAGACCUAGAGGCACUCGGUCAGACAGCCGAGGAAGAGACAGCCCUCGCGAUGGAUUCACCCGCGCACCCGCUAGAGGAACUCGGCGUGACGCGUCUCUCCCAGACGUGUGGGCAUGUGUUCUGCCGCAAAGACUCCACUGGUCAACUCGACGACGCAUUUGACCUCACCGACGAGUUCGCCACUGCCCCCAUCGAUAUCGAAACAUUCCUUCAGUCGCUCGAAAUGCCCGCCAACAUGCCCUCGAUCGUGCGCGCCUUCGUUGGCGCGCUUGCGCGUACUGCGCCAUCUGCCGAGGUCAUGUCGGAAGCGCGUCUGCGCUCGAGUGCGCCAAGACGCGAGGAGACUACAGAGGCUCGCGAGGAGGGGGACGAGCAUGAGCACGAGCACGAGCAUGAGCAUGAGACAGACAGUCACGAUUAUUCGGGGAUGUAUUCAUGA